ACUAUCCGCCAUACUUAUAUUGUGAUUUGUGAUUCCUUAUUUGCUCAUUAAUAAUAAUUAUACAUAAUAAAUUCGCUGUAUUCCAGUUGCUCUGCAAAUAUUACAAUCAGUUCAGAAACAAUUAAUUAAAAUUUCAUCAUCUAUUACAAAUUAAGAAUAAAAAUGGCAGAACGAAGCCGUAAGCGUAAUAGUUCUGCAGUUGUGGAAUCAAAUUCUAAAAGGCGGUUUGUACCUGACAGUGAUGAAGACGAAGAUCAAGAUGCCUCAAGAGUACCUUCUCCUCUACCUGAAGAAUCACAACAGACAUUUCCAGAGGUGGUUUUGAAGAGUUUUUACAAGAAGCCAGGAGUACUUUUAAUUGCUGGAUGUGUGUCUUGGGAUAAUGUUGCCAAAAGAGACAGUAAUGGAGAAAACAUCCACCCGAACCUCUACACAUUUCACAAAUUCACAGAUAGAAAGUACCGGCUGAUUGUUAGUGGAUGUGAUUCUGGCCACUCAAUUUUAGUAUCUACCUCUGGUGAAUGCUAUACAUUUGGGCGAAACAAUUAUGGUCAACUAGGAUUAGGUGACACCACCACACGAUAUGUUCCAGAACUUGUACCAGAACUAACUGGAAAAAACAUUAUCCAUGCUGCUACUGGAAAGCACCAUAGUCUUUUUGUAACAGAUACUGGUACAGUCUAUGCUUGUGGGGAUAACAAACAUGGUCAAUUAGGUAUUGGCAAUAACACUCCCCAAUAUAAAACACCUACCAGAAUCAGAUACAAAGGACCACCAGUUGUCAAGGCCGGUUGUGGUUCAAAUUUUUCAAUGAUAUUAGAUUGCAAUGGAGCCCUUCACUCAUUUGGCUUGCCAGAAUUUGGUCAAUUAGGGCAUAAUACUGAUGGAAAAUAUUUUAUGACUUCUAACAGACUCGCCUUUAAUUUACAAGCAAUACCCAAGAAGAUAGCUGCCUAUUUCGAAAAGCAAAGGGAUGGUCGCAUGAACCCCAUUACUAAUGUUGAAAUUGUGGACUUCUCUUGUGGUAACAACCAUACUGUUGCUAUUGAUUCAUUGAAACGGGUAUUCAGUUGGGGUUUUGGUGGCUAUGGUCGCUUAGGUCAUUCAGACCCAAAAGAUGUGGCAGUGCCACUUCUCAUCAGAUCAUUUCAAGGUUCAUCCCGAGGUGUCAAAUCAGUCUACUGUGGCUCUAAAUUCACAUUGGCUGUAAAUGAGCUUGGUAUGCUCUACCUCUUUGGUCAGCCAAAACCUACUGGAGAAGCAAACAUGUACCCCAAGCCAAUGCAAGAUUUAAUGGGUUGGAAUGUCCAAUGUAUGGGAGCAGGCCACACUUCAAUGCUUUUUGCAGCUGAUGAUACACUCAUAGCUAUGGGAGCCUCACCAACUUAUGGAGAACUGGGUCUCGGAUUUACUUGUGGCUCCACAACACGGGCAAAAGAAGUAUACUCCAUGGCAGGAAUGAAAUAUUCUCAAAUUGCUAUGGGCUACUCACAUUCAAUGCUUCUAGUUGAUGAUUCGACGGAUGAAGUGAAACAGAAGUUGGAAGCAAUACCAACGUACAGUCCGUAACCUGUACAUCUUCACACUGUCAUAAUUUAGAGGUAUAUCUUAUAUCAAUUGAGACAAACUGAAUCAAAGGUAUACUAAUAGAAAAAAAAUCUUAUAAGCAAUUGGUUUUUACUUUUAAGAUUAAUAAAUGUGUUAACAGUAUUUGAUAUUUCGGUAUUUUUUAUAUUUAGCAGCAUCUCUGAUAUCAACACACUCAUGUUAAAGUCUUUUAUAUUUCAUUAUAUUAAUAUAUACAUGUUUAAGUUGCUUGAUCACAUCGAGUGCAUUUUAAUUCAUUUGAUCUCAAAUUUAUUGUGUACAGUUUGAAUUGUUGUUUGUAAAACUGACGCAAUAACGGGUACCGUGCCGUCCAAGGUAGCAGUCGUACUCUAACGGCCGUUCCCAAUAUACUAUCUACAGAUAGAGAAAAAUUACUAGCUUCUACUGCCAGUAAUUAGCUGUCCCAAUAUACCCGAUAAGUCAUGCUUAUCGCUUUAUAUUGGGACGCGUGAAUUGCAAUAUCCAUACAAACUUCUAUCGCUUGUAAGCUAUACGUCCUCCCGUUGACAGACAGCGUGUACGGAUAAGGUGAGUUACCGUCGAUAAGUUUAUUGGGACAGAAAAGUCAACGAUAUUUACGAUUUUUAUCUCAAGUAAGAGACUGAAUAUUGGGAACGGCCGUGAGGCUGAUAUCUAUAGAGCGUACUUAGGACUUUGCUCAGAUUUUACUUACGUAAAACUUAGCUUAGUGCGAUAAAACGUGAACUUAAUUUUUGCAUUGGGCUGUCUUAGAUUAAGCUCAUCAUAAUUUCAAAUGUCAAAUGGCUAUAAAAACAAAAUUAAGAUGAAGCUAAGCUUACACUCAGCUUAGUUUAACGUAAGUAAAGUUUGAGCAGCCUAAGUACGCUGUAUAGAUCUCAGCCUAACUCAUUUUGAAUACUUAAUUUCACUAAGUGUACCUUAACUGCAUACUUCGAAUGAGUGUUGAUGGUGUAAGUAACUUAAUAUAACUUACAUAACGUUACUAUACAUUCUUCGUGUCAAAAACUGGAUUUACCAUUAUAUUUUUUUCCCGGAAACAGUAACAUUUCACUGUCUAUUCACUAUCUGUGACAUAUUUAACAGCUUUUGUAAUACGGUUGCAGUUUUAAUUAAUAAAUAAUCAUUUAAUUUGAUGUUUAAGAAGAAAAGUACUUAAUUCGUUGAUAUAAUUAAUCGAAUUGUCUAGGUUAUAGUUUCUCAACCUUAUUUUGCUUACCGCCCACUUUGAGAAUAUGUUUUUUUCUAGAGUUUCUAUUUUUUUGCCUUUUUAGACUAUAUUUUUAAUUUAAUUUCCUCUGGGUCUUCUACUGCCCCCCCGAAAGUCUCAAACGCCCACAAGGGGGCGUUAUCGCCCACGUUGAGAACCUAUGGUCUAGGUAAUAUAAUUUGGCUGGUUCAAAACUUGCCGAAACAAACAAUCUCAAUAAUGCAAAGAGUCACGCAAGCCAAUGUUAUUGUCUCGAAUACAUUGAAAUAUUUCUUUGAUAUCACAGUGUUAAGUUAGUUAUCUAAGCCUAGUUUUGUAUUUUUAUAAGACUGUUUUUAGGCGUAUUAAUUUUUGUAUUAAAAACAAUAAUUUAUAUAGUUUAAUAUAAGAAUAGAAAAUGCUUUGGUUAAAUUUGUACUUAAAGAUUAACCCCCUUAUUAAUAAUAGUCUGCUAACUUAAAGCAUUGCUAAUUCUCACUCUGUCUUCUUCUAUUGACCAAAGUCAGAAUGAGAAAAAACACUCCUUAGCGGCUGUUAUAAGUUAGCGGACCAUUAUCAAUAAGGGGGAAAGACUACAUUUAUACAGGUAUUUAAUGACAAAACGUAAUGAUUCAAUGUAUGUAUGUGAAAAGCCAAAUUUAGUUACUACUAACUUACCUGUUACAUGAACUUAAUACAAGUUUUAUACCACUUGUAUAAUUUCUGUUAGAAUUACAUUGAUUAUUUUUUAUGAUCUCCUAUUAUUCAGUCAGGAUCAACAAGUACUUUCGCACGAGUGUAAUAUUACAUGUUUCGUGCCUUGCAUGCCGUUCAUUCAUUCCGUGCAUAUGCAUGCAUCCUACAGGUUUAUGCGUGCACAUAUUGUGCCUAAAGGAUGUGUUAUUCUGUAUCACAAGUUGGCGAAUGUCUUGUUUUAUAAUGACACUAGAAUUAGUAUUUUGUAUAAUUUUUUUCUUUUUUAUAGUAUCUUUUUUUGUAUUGCUUUAUUUAUAAAAAUGUGGUUGAGGGUUACAAAUGAAUAAUAAAUAGCGUAGGUUUUAUAAGAUAAUGUUAGGUAGGUUUUUCUUGGUCUAAUUAUGAUAAUGCACAAUAUUAUAGUGAUGAUGAACAUUCCCAGUCUUUAGUACAUGUCUAAAAUAUUUCCGGGAAUUUUCGAUAUUUACACGUGUUAUUGUAAUUUUAUUAUAACAUUCACGAAAAUUCUUGCUGCAAAUGUUUUUUAAUAGGUACUAGUAAAAAUCUGUUCUCUUUGAGAUAUAUGAUUUUUUUUUUGUAUAUACAUAGUACAAUAAAAAUUACGAGGGGCACAAUGAAAUGAUCGGGAAUAGAAUAUUUCGGAUUGAGUUACAGUAAAACCUUUUUUAGAAUUUGAAUACUGGCCUCUUAAUGACAUUCAUACAAUUAAAAAAAAGUUCAAAAACAAAUUUAUGUUGGUUUAAAGUUGACACGUCGUUAAUUUAUUUCGUGCCAUAAUUUAUCACAAUUUUUGUCGUGGCUUAUCUCAAGAUAUAUUUCUCAACGAACUUGUUUCGAUUUAUGAUGUUGAAGCACCGAUUCAAACGACAAUAUACCGCUGGUAUGCCGAGUUCCGACGCGGUCGUGUGUCGCUCAGCACGGUUUCUUCUGCAGGUCGACCAAGAACAGCGGUCACGCCUGAAAACAUCGUAGCUGUGCGAACUAUAUUAGAUGACCGUCAUGUGACAUACGAGCAGAUUCAGACUGUUAUCAGUAUCGGAAUGAGUGCAAUUCAGUCGAUAUUACAUAAUGAGCUGUAUGUAAGAAAGCUAGUUUCCCGCUGGGUUCCCCACAAUUUGUCCGAAGAGCAAAAGGCGGCUCGUGUAGAUUGGUGCCGGAAUACUCUGCAACGCUUCAACGGAGGGAGGUCAAAUGCCGUUUAUAUAUUAUGCCUCUCAGGUGACGAAUCAUGGAUUUCUUCAUACGAACCUGAAAGAAAACAUCUGUCAGCAGUUUGGGUCUGCAAAGACGAGGUCAAACCAACGAAAGUGGUUCGCUCCCGCAGCGUGUCAAAGAAAAUGGUCUCUACGUUUGUCUCGAAAAAGGGGCAUGUUGCUAAUAUUCCUUUACGGGAGCGCAGAACGGUUACCGCUGAGAUACCACUCAGCUCACGGUUUGUUUGCCAGAAAUGAUAGCCGAACUCCGAAAAAAUAAUCCGAAACGUCGCAUCAUCUUACAUCACGGCUCGGAAGACAAAUGAUUUUUUGAAGCAGGAAAACGUUGAGCUGUAAGCCAUCCUCCGUACAAUCCUGACCUGAGCCCAAACGAUUUCUUUACAUUCCCCAGAAUGUAAAAUUUAUUACGCGGUCAACGGUUUGAAGACCCAGAAGCAGCUGUGGAAGCGAACAAAUCAGCCAUUUUGUCAACAUCAACUUCAGACUAAAAUUGCUGUUUUAAUUAUUGGUUUGCACGAAUGGAAAAGUGCAUUAAGUUGAACGGAGAAUACUUAGAAAAACAAUUAAAUACAAUGUAACUAUACCGUGCAUGCGGUUUUUCUUAUUUCCGAUCUUUUCAGUGUGCCCCUCGUAUGUAUAAUUAAGUAAUUGUUGCAGUAUGUAUACAAACUGGCGAUUUUGUAUAUUCACAAUUUCACUAGGAUAUUCAUAUUCUUAAAUGUAACUUUCAGGCUUUCUGUAAAAAAGGUGUUAUCUAUUAUUUUAGAAGGACAACUCAUUUAUUUUUUCGUGUGAAGCAUCCUAUCUAUCUUUUUAUCCUACUUAUUUGGUUUGAAUAAUGGGUACCCGAGUAAUUUGAUAUAAUUGUUUAACCUAAUAAUGUAUUGUUUUGUCGUAAUAUAUAUAUAAGAGAGUAUGUGUUUCCAUAAUUUUCGAUUAUUUUGUUAACUCUAAUCCAAACUCAAUAAUCACAGAUGUCUUAAAUUAUGAGUGAAGAAGACCCUGCCGUCAAUUUUGAUUUUUAAUAAAGUAUUUUGUCUAAAGUUCAA